AAUGAGAGGCAGUGGGAUCUGGCUUCUAGCUCUGUUCAUACCCAUGGAUGGUGCUUUGCUCCGCCUCUCGUGCUUGUAAUUUCUCUCUCUGUAAUAUAUACCUUGCAGCCUCUCUGCCUACUCCACCACCUUACCUUGCUCCUCACGAUAACGACAUCCGACGUGUUUGCCUGAACACUAGACGCUGCUUUACGAUAUCAUGGCUUUUCUUCGAUUUGUAUCGUUAUUUUCUCUUUUAUGUUGUGUAUUCUACUGUUCUGGCUUUGAUGUGGUUCAUGACUACUCCGGAGCCAGCUUCUUCGACGAUUGGGAUUUCUUUGGAAAUUGGGAUAACCUGACAUUAGGAGACGUAUGGUGGUUGAAUGCCUCUGAUUCCUUUUCGCAGAAGUUGGCAUACGUCAACGACGCAGGACAUGCUGUCAUGAAGGUGGACAAUACUUCCAACGUCCCUUUCAACGAGAAACGCAAUACUGUUCGCAUUACUUCGAAAGAUUUCUAUAGUUUCGGUAGCCUCUGGGUUAUCGAUCUCCUUCACAUCCCCUACGGCUGCUCGGUCUGGCCAGCAUUCUGGACCAAGGGCUCACUAUGGCCAGACGAUGGAGAGAUCGAUAUCAUAGAAGCUAUCAACCUCAUGCCAAACAACCAAAUGGCAAUCCAUACCACUGCAGGCUGUCUCCAUGAUCCGCCGCCUGAUCAGACCGGUCGUAGCUUGGAGAGAGAUUGCGGUACCGGGUCAGGAUGUACCGUACAGGAGACUACUUCCAACAGUUUCAAUAGUGGAUUCGCUGCUGCUGGCGGAGGAGUUUGGGCUACACAGUUUGAUGUAUCCGGUGUCUAUAUUUGGUUUUGGAGUCGAUCAAACGUGCCAGCUUCAAUUUCACAAGCAACGUCUUCAUCGCCAUUAGACAUAUCUCAGUGGGGUCCUCCGUCCGCUAGCUAUCCAGCUGGUGCCAACUGCAACAUCACCAACUUCUUUACGGCCCAACAACUUGUCCUUGACAUCACACUAUGCGGUGACUGGGCGGGUGUUGAUUCUAUCUACAAUAACACAUGCGCUCACACUGGUCCUACGGGACUUUGCUACCCAGACAAUGUGGUCGGACCAGGAAGUCCAAAAUAUGACAACGCAUAUUUCGAGAUCUCGUAUGUUCGUGCGUAUACAACUGGCGCGUCAGGUCCAGCUCCUACCGACACACCGAGCGGAACAGUCGGGGGUGGUGGGAGCACUGUCACUCGGACGACUUCCCCGAAUAACAAUCCGAAUAUCUCUCCGCUCACACCGCCCGUUGUGGGCGAUACAUCCGAGGGGUCGAGAGGCCUAUUGCUGGGAUGUUCUUGGGCUGUGACUGUCCUGAUAAUGAUUGGAUCCAUACUGUACUGAUCAUCUGAUUGCUCGGACAAAUAUUUUGAUACCUCUGCUAUUUGUUAUGUAUAUUAAUACAUCUUUCUAGCCAUUCUGAAGC